UUGCUUCAGCUCAAUGUUUCUAAUAAUCCGAUAAUGUCGAUACCUUCUCCUUUGAAGAAGCAAUCUCAGAGUAAGCCACACCCACUGGUGGAGCUAAGAGCUUGUAACUGCUCACUGAGUGGAGGCAGCAUCAAAUCAAUUAUCAGUUUGAAGAAGCUCAAGGCACUACACAUUGCUUAUAAUUCAAUCAAUGAACUACCACCAGAGUUAUUCACUUCACUGUCUGAGUUAGAAUAUCUCAAUGUUUCCUCAAAUAAACUUGAGACGAUACAAGAACCUCCUCACUCCUGCCCUCAUCUGGUCUGUCUCUUAUUGCACUCUAACAGUUUAAAAGAGAUUCCUCCAUUCCCUUUAAUGCCUGCAGUGGAGACUCUUGAUUUAUCAUGUAAUGAGCUACAGACAAUGCCACAAUUACAGAAGUUUCGACGCCUAAAGUCCCUGGAUCUAUCGCACAAUAAAGAUAUAGUCAUUGAUGUUAAAGACUUGGACCAUUUACGGUAAGAAAUUAUAUAGUGAGAAAAAA